AUGCCAGCUGUUCUUGCUCUAGCUGGCCUGGUUCUGAUGCUGCUCACCACAAGUGUCAGGUCUGAGUCGGCAGUGCUGAGGUUCCAGGGCCAGACUCAGUUUGUUGUAAAUGAGAGCAGCAGGGCCAUAGUGCGACUUGUGGUGGAACGAGUUGGAGAUCCAGUUAAUGUCACUGCUCUGGUUCUGCUUCAGGGAGAGGACACUGGUGACUUUGAGGCCACAACUGCAGCUGCUUUUCUUCUGUCCUCUGAAAGCAGUAAAACCAUCUUCAUCGCUGUGAGGGACGAUGACAUGCCUGAAGCUGAUGAGACCUUUGUGUUCAGCCUCCGCCUGCAGAGCUCAUCAAAUGGUGUGACAGUGGGAACUCCAAAUACUGCCACCAUCACCAUCUUGUCUAAUGACAAUGCCUUCGGAAUAAUUUCCUUUAACUCGACCUCCCUAAUUACUGUGGAGGAGCCAAGAGGUAGAAGCCAGUAUGUGCCUCUCACUCUCCUUCGAGAGAAAGGAACCUAUGGUACUGUAACUGUCAACUUUGAGAUUUUUGGAGGUCCAAACCCUGCAAUUGAGGAUCUCAGUCCAGACAUGGGGAACAUCUCUAUUCCUCCUGGUCGUGCUGUUGUAGUUUUCAGCAUCAUGAUACAAGAUGACAAGCUUCCAGAAGAUGAUGAGAUCUUCACAGUGCGGUUGACAGAAGCAGCUGGCGGAGCUUUAAUUGAUCCUAACAGAAGCAGUGUGCAAAUCAAGAUCUCCCGUAAUGAUGCUCCCAUCCGCUUCUCCAAACCCACACUGGUUGUCCCGGAGAACAUUGGUGUAAUUUCUCUUAGCAUUACACGUGGUAGAACUGAGGAUGGUCUUCUGAUCGGUUCUGAUGACAGAACGGUGUCUGUGACCUAUACAGUCAUUACAGGCAAUGGGGCGGCCAGUGCUACUCCACUGGCAGACUUUGUGGAUCUACAAUCAGAGAGGAUGGUUGUUUUCCCUCCAGGUGUCCAUGAAACAGAACUCCGCUUCAACAUUAAAGAUGACACCAUUCCGGAGAUUGCAGAAUCUUUCCAAGUGGUUCUUUUGGAAGAGAACUUAUUGGGUGAUGCAGUGCUGAUGACUCCAAGUGUUGCACUCGUGACCAUUGAGCCCAAUGAUAAGCCUUAUGGAGUCCUGUCAAUCAGUCCUUCCCCCAUACAACCCCACAUCAUCAAUGAAGACCUGAAUCCGAUAUACGAAGGCAUCAUCAUUGUGAGGAACGGAGGAACUCAUGGAGCUGUUUCAGUUAGGUGGAAUAUAACAAGAAACUCCACGGAUAGGACUCCAGUCUCUGCCGACCUUAAUCCUGCAUCAGGUACCCUGAGGUUUGCUGAGGGCCAGAUGAAUACUGUGCUGCCUUUAAAUAUCACUCAGGACAACCUUCCAGAAGAGGCAGAAGCCUUCAUCCUCAGACUGAUCCCAGGAUCUGAACAAGGAGGGGCCGAAGUGGAUGAGCCGAUGGAAAUGGUGUUCUUCAUUCAGGACAGUGAUGAUGUCUAUGGUCUAUUUGGUUUUCAUCCAAGAGAGAAUCAAAGUAUUCAGAGUCAACCAGAGGGACGCUUCCUGUCGCUUAGUUUCCUCAGAGAAGGGGGGACCAUGGGAGAGGUGCGACUUACCCUAUCUGUCCUCUACAUACCUGCCAGACCACUGGACCCAUCACGAGCCAGGGAUGGGGUGCUGAAUGGAACAAGUGUCAACAGUGUGCUGUUCAGUUCCGGUCAGUCACGAGCUCAACUCAUCUUGCCAAUACGCAAUGAUGCCUUCUUGCAGAACGGGGCUCAUUUCCUGAUUCAGUUGGACAGUGUGCAGUUGGUUUACAUCUCCCCACAAAUCCCAUCUGUGAGUCCUCGCUUUGGAGGAGCUUUGAACAUCUCCCUGAUCAUCACACCGGAUAUUGCUAAUGGAGAGAUUGGCUUCACCAGUAAUCAGACAGUGGUGGCGCUGGAACCAGAAGAUUCAAACAUCAGCUUGAUAACUCUUCAACUGAGGCGAGAUGGGACGGAUGGCCAGGCAGUGGUCUUCUGGAGUCUGCGGCCCACUGGCGAGAACAGAGAAGAUGUCACUGAGGGUGACAUUUCACCUUUCACUGGAUCGGUCAGGUUCCUCUCAGGACAAAGUGAAGCAGUGAUUAACAUCACUGUAAUGGCGGACAAUAUCCCAGAGAUCAAUGAGACCAUCAUUCUUACAUUAGACAGGACAAAUGUGGACAACCAGAUACUUAAACCGGGUUUCACUAGCCGAGAAAUUGUUAUUCUGGAGAACGAUGACCCUGGAGGAGUAUUUGAGUUUUCACCAGUCUCUAAAGGACCUUGGUUUAUCAAUGAGGGGGAAACAGUUGAACUGAGGGUGAUCAGAGAGCAGGGGCAGCUGUUAAACCAGCUCAUAAGAUAUACAGUGAUUCCUUCUGGAAAUGCUCAGUUCUAUGGGGCCACGGGGAUCCUAGAGUUCCAGCCAGGGGAGAGAGAGGUGAUGGUGGCGCUGGUAGCCAAGCCUGAUGGGAUACCAGAGCUAGAUGAGACGUUCUCAGUGGUCCUUAGUAGCCACAGCACACCAGCUAGUCGCCUUGGGAACCGAAGGCAGGUCAGCAUUACCGUGCGUAAGAGUGAUGACCCAUUUGGGGUCAUUGAGUUCAUUCAGCCUGGCUUAGACUUCACCAUCAAUGAAAGCAAAGCCAUGGAUACUCAGUCAGCAUCCUACCCCAUUGGGAGAAGCAGGGGUAGGUUUGGGAACGUGUCAGUCUUCUGGAUUCUUGAGCCAACCUAUUCGGGAGACAUCAACCCAGUGCGGGGUGAGAUCGUCUUUGCUGAAGGGGAGUAUCUGAAGAACCUCACCCUAUUUUCUAUGCCAGAUGAGAUCCCAGAGAAAACUGAAAAUUUCACCAUCACCCUUCUGAAUACAACGGGGGGAGCAAGACUAGGAAGCAUUCUCAGUGCAAGCUUAAGCAUUCGUGAGAAUGAUGAUCCAAUAUAUUUUGCUGAGCCUGUGGUUCAGAGGGUGCAAGAAGGGGGCGUGGCCAAUUUCACCAUUCUGCGAGCUGGGCCUGCUAACUUUAUCACCACAGUGAAGUAUCGUUUUGAGUAUGGUGACACAUCACCGGGAGACUUCACUCCACUGAGUAACGACUCAAUGUUGGUCUUUGAUUUUGGAGAGUGGAUGAAGAACAUAUCGGUUGCGGUGGUAGAUGACGACAUACCAGAGACAGAUGAACCAUUCCACAUAGUUCUCUUCAACACCACAGGUGAUGCAGUGGUUUAUGGUCGAGAUGCUGCUACAGUGGUGAUUGAGGCUAAUGAUGAUGCUAAUGGGAUAUUCUCUCUGGAUUCAACUCAGAAACCAGUGGAGGAGGGAAGAACCAAUAACUUUUAUGUUCUUCGAGACAGAGGACACUUUGGAAAUGUCACAAUAUACUGGCAGCUGUUUUCUAACGACACCCCCCUUGAACCUCACCAAGAAUUUCUGAACACAUCUGGCUCUAUAGUAUUUCAUACAGGGGAGAAGACAAAACCUAUUGUUCUUGAAGCCAUCUCAGACAAGCUCCCAGAGUUCAAUGAGUUUUAUGAGCUCAGACUUACGAACGUCUCAGGUGGCUAUCCUGGUGAAGGAGGAAAGUUGGCAGAGAAAGACCUCAAUGCAUCUGUUCUCAUUCCCUUCAAUGACGACCCAUUUGGAGUUUUCGCUAUUGCCCCUGAUAGUCUGGAGCGUGAGGUAGCCGAGGACAUCUUGUCAGUCAACGAUAUGUUUGAUGUCACAUCCUUCACCAUACUUCGUCAGCAAGGAACCUUUGGAGAUGUGCGUGUGGCCUGGGAAAUCCUGUCAGGAGCUUUCCCACAUGGUCUCAAGCCCAUGGAAGACCUGAUAUUGAUGGCUUCCUUUCCUCAGGCUGUAGAGCUCCGACCACAUGCCAGGAGACGCCAUGCAGGCACCGAUGCAUUCUUCUUCUCUGGACUUCCAGGAGCUUAUGGAUCCAUCAGUGCAGAAACCCAUCUGCAGGUUCCACAGAACCUGGCUAACUUUACCCUGUCAGUCUGGCUGAUGCCCAGGCCUAAUACAGAUGGAUUUAUUGUCUCUAAAGGCAAUGGGAAUGGAACUAUCUAUUAUGGAGUUCAGGUCCAGACUAAUGAAUCCCACGUUGCUGUUAUGCUUCAUUACACAACCGUAGGAUCUAACAGCACACAGGUGGCGCGAGCUACUGCAAUUAAAUUUGUAGAGGAUAAUACAUGGGUUCAUGUGGUCAUCGCUGUGGAAGAUGGAAUUAUUGAGUUUUAUCUGGAUGGGAGCCCAAUCCCUGGGGGGAUAAAGAGUCUAAAAGGAGAAGCUAUUGUAAAUGAUGCUGCACCUAUUAGGAUCGGUUCCAACCCAGAUGGUGAACAGCGCUUCUCUGGUCUUCUACAAGACCUCCGGCUGUACUCCAGCUGGCUCAACCACUCCGAGAUUCAUGAGCUCCACAACCAACCAGCCAAGAAUGACCUUCACAAUGUGUCAGGGUACCUGACAUACAGGCAGGAGGAGAAACUGAAGUCGUUUUUAGUCGAAGUACGGGACGAUCAAGAAGAGGAGGGUGAGGAGGUUUUCUACCUACAACUGGUGGCUGUUCAAGGUGGAGCCCGUCUGCCAAUGCCCAGACCUACUGCCAUCCUCAGGGUCAUGAAGAGUGAUAAUGCCAAUGGACUUUUUGGCUUUACUGGUUUUUGUAUACCAGAUAUAUCUGAGGAAGGCUCAAUGAUCUCCUGUGUAGUGGAGCGCACACGUGGCGCUCUGGAUCAUGUCUAUGUAAACUACACCGUCACUCAGCUUGAUUCACCCGCAGACUCGUCAAAUGCCUCUGACUUUGCCAAUGCUACAGGCUCCAUCCAUUUCCUGCCAGGCCAGCGCUCUGAGGUUUUAAACCUGCUGGUUCUAAAUGAUGACCUGCCUGAGGUUGAUGAGCACUUCAGGGUUAGGCUGGUAUCAGCUGAAUCAGGUGAUGGGAAACCAGGUUCCACUCCUACCAGUGGAGCCAGCAUUGACCCAAACAAUGCCAUCAACAAUAUUACAAUCAAAGCCAGCGAUCAUCCAUAUGGCCUACUGCAAUUUCAAACUACCCCAGUGCCUGUGGGUAUGAUCAGACCCGCACUAGAGGAGGCCCAUGUGAUUGUUCAAGAGGAGGCUGGUGUGCUUAGUCUGUUGGUGGCCAGAGCACAGGGACUGCUGGGAAGGGUGAUGGUGGGCUAUCGUACGUCUCCAUUCACAGCUGCUGGUUCAGAGGACUAUGAGGACACAGAGGGAUUUCUAGACUUCUUGCCUGGCGAGAGAUUUAAGUACAUCAAUGUGACUAUUAUAGACAACUCGGUCCCAGAGUUGGACAAAGUCUUCAGAGUGGAACUUUAUAAUCCAAAUGGAGGAGUGGAUCCAUUUUUUGCAAGCGAAGCCAGUGGAAGUGGCGAGAGUGACACUGACUUCUUUCUUCCAUCCUUUCACUAUCAUCAUGCUAACCUGGGCGCUGCUGCUCGUAUCAUUGUGACCAUCGCUGCUUCUGAUGAGGCUCACGGCGUCUUCCAGUUCAGUGCCGACUCUCUGACUGUGAAUGGCACAGAGCCUGAGGAGGGCAGAAGUACUGUAGUACUGCAGGUGAUUCGUACCUUUGGCGCUCUGUCCAAUGUGACAGUGUACUGGGAGGCAGAUGCUAAUUCAGAGGGAGAACUUGUUUAUAAAUCUGGCAAUGUGACCUUUGAGGUGGGCCAGACUGUUGAAAGCAUCUACUUACUGAUUUCCCAAGAUGACAUUCCAGAACUAGACAAGAGCUUCAGCGUCCGCCUCUCUAAUGUUUCUCAUGGUCGACUCGGGAAGGAAACUACUGCCACACUGACUGUAUUGGCCAGCGACGACCCUUAUGGACUUUUUGUAUUCUCUGACAGCAGUAGACCAAUCCGUGUGCCAGAAGCAAAUGCUGUCAUCACCCUGACCAUACAGAGGAGAAAAGGCUUAAUGGGAAGGGUGCGAGUGACAUAUCGAACAUUGAGGGACACUGAUGCAGCUCCAUAUAGCACACUGGGAGUGGGUCGGACCAGUGCAGGGAAUGACUUUGUGCCUGUUGUGGAGUCUGUGAUAUUCUCUGCUAAUCAGAGUGAAGUAAAUGUGACCCUGAGGGUACUUGAUGAUGAGGAGCCGGAGAGAGCAGAGUCUGUGUUUUUGGAACUUGUCAGCGUCACUUUGGUUGAAGGGCUGCAACCCAGACCAGUCGCUCUUUCCCCUCGACUUGGCCCACGGAACGCCACAGUUGCCCAGAUCAUUAUAGAGGCCAGUGAUGGUGCUUUUGGGGUGCUUCAACUGUCUUCCACAGCAGUGAGUGUGCCCGAGUACUACGUCGGACCUAUAAUCAAUGUAACUCGUAUUGGAGGGAUUUUUGCUGACGUGUCUGUCAAAUUCAGAGCAGUUCCAUUGACCGCUAGAGUGGGUGAAGACUACAGUGUGGCCUCUUCUGAUGUGGUUUUGCUGGAGGGAGAGAGUAGCAAGCCCGUCCCUAUCCUCAUCAUCAAUGAUGUGGUGCCUGAACUGGAAGAGACCUUCCGAAUUGAGCUUCUCAACCAGACAACAGGAGGCGCUCUCCUGGGGGACCUUACACAGGCCAUCAUUACCAUCCUACCCUCAGAUGAUCCAUAUGGAUCUUUUGUUUUUCAGGCUGCACCCUUCACAAUCGAGGAGCCAGCAGUGAAUGCUUUUGAGGUGUCCCUACCCAUAGUGAGGAAUGCUGGAACUAUAGGUGAUGUGGAUGUCCAAUGGAGAGCCACAGUCAAUGGAAGACCUGCCACUGGUGAUCUGCGACCUAUGUCUGGUGAGGUCAGGUUUACUCCUGGAGAAACCUUAAAGACACUGAGAGUUGAGGUUUUGGCUGAUGAUGUACCUGAAAUUGAAGAGGUCAUAAAGGUUGAGCUCAUAGGUGCCACCAAUGGUGGGAACAUUGGGGCUGAGAAAAUAGUCGAUAUCAUUGUUCCUGCUAAUGACAACCCUCACGGAACCGUAUACCUUGAGCAAGCAGUAUACCGCAUCCAGGAGCCACUGGAAGGGAUCUAUAUUGCUAACAUUACAGUUCGACGGAGUGGUGGUAACUUUGGAAUGCUGGAGAUCAUUUAUAGCACCUCUGAAGUUGAUAUCGUAAGCAAUGCUCUCAGGGAAGGCAGAGAUUUCCUGGUUUACUAUGAUUCUCCAUUGGCUGGAGUGCCAUCUAAUGCCCUCCGCAGACCCAUCAACAUCACCACAGACACAAACGUCCUGAAUUUCUGUGCUGCGUUCUGCCUUAGAGAGCGAGCUUGCCAAGCUUUCAGCUUCACCAAUGCCCCAAGAGCGAGUUGCUUCUGGGUAACGUCUGGGGCCAGACAACUGAGCCCUUCCCCACAAACGUUCACCUAUUUAAAAAACACCACAGCAGCCGCUUCGCUGUUUAGCUCGCAGGCUGUUGCUGGGAGCGACUACAUAACCAUGACGGCUCAGACCACAACCAUGCAAGACAGAUCAGGAGUCGCUAACCUCACUGUACCCAUCUUGCCUGACUCUUUACCAGAGGUGGAUGAGAGUUUUGUGAUUAAAAUCCUGAGUGUUAGCUUGGUCAACAUGACCGCAACUACCAAGAACUUGCCAACGAUACAGCAGCCAGACACAGCUUUGGUGACUAUAGCAAUGAAUGGAGAUGCGUUUGGAAUAUUUCUGCUCUACAGCAUUAACCCCAAUGCCACACAAGAUGGUCUGUAUCUCGAAGUGAGAGAGGAACCAAAAACAACAGUGCUGCUGGUCAUUGAGAGGAGAGGAGGCAGUAUGGGACAGGUUACAGUGGAGUGGAAGUAUGUUGGCGGCAGUGCCACACCCAACGCUGAUUUCAAUGGGACGGGGGAGACCCUCAUCUUCGCAGAGGGUGAUGUAAAGAAGACCCUUGAGUUUGUCAUCAUGGAUGACAUGGAACCUGAAGACACAGAGACUUUACAGCUUGGGUUAGUGAGCACUGAGGGUGGCAGCCGUAUCCUUCCCAGUUCGGACACAGUCACCAUCCUCAUCCUGGCCAAUGACAAUGCAGCUGGUGUGGUGGGCUUUCACACAGCUUCAAGAUCUGUCAUCGUCAGAGAGGGUCUGUGGGUUACCCAGACAGGCAUGGCAGCUCUGCACGCUCAGGGUCGGGAAGCAGUGGUGAGCGUGGAAGCUAGUGACGAGCCGUUUGGUUUGCUCAGCAUUGCCCCCUUAUCCUUAAAAGUGACCACAGAUGAGAAAGACACCACCAUCAGGAUUUACAUAAACCGAGAGUUUGGUGCAUCAGGUGCUGUAAAUAUCAGCUAUGAGACUGUGCAGGGCUCUCUGCAGGACCUCAGACAGACUGAGGGAGCUCUAGCCCAGCCAGGCCAGGACUUCAGACACGUCUCCAGUUCUGUGAUCAUGCAGGAUGGACAAACAUCUGUGUCCAUCCCUAUCACCAUCUUAGAUGAUGACAUCCCUGAGCUGCAAGAGUUUUUCUUAGUCAAUAUAACAUCAGCUGUCCUCAUAACCACCCUCCCAACUGCCCCUAAACUAAAUACUGAAGGCCUUGUAGCAGAGAUCAGCAUUAAUGCUAAUGAUGGAAUCCAAGGGAUCAUUGGCUGGCAAAACAUAGACUAUGUGAUAAAUGAGACAAUUGGCGUGUUAACUCUGGUGGCGUACCGUGAUGCCGGGACGUAUGGAAAUGUGUCCCUGUUCUUCUAUGCCCAGAAUCUCGAGGCUCAGUUGGGUCUGGAUUUCAAUGCUACCCCAUCAAUGAUCCAUUUUGUGGAUGGAGAACGGCACAAGUUUAUUGAAGUUCAGAUUUUAGAUGAUGCCAUUCCUGAAGGGGAUGAGACCUUUCAGUUAAUUCUAGCAAAUCCGUCGGCAGGGCUGCAGCUGGGAGAAAACACUACAGCUACUGUGACUAUUCUGGCCAAUGACGAUGGCCAUGGAAUCAUAUCCUUCAAUAACAGUGAGCAUUUCCUGCUGAGGGAGCCCACUUCAGUGUCAGGUCUGGGCGAGAGUGUGGCCACCCUCUACAUCAUACGAGACCCUCCUCAGGGUGUAUUUGGUACAGUAACGGUCCAGUUCACAAUCACUGAUGUCAAUGGAUCCCUGUACACUGAUGAUCUCACACCUUCCUCUGGCUUUGUUGUACUUGAAGAUGGAGUCAGAUUCAAGACUUUGGAGAUCUGGGCUGUUCUGGAUGCUGAGCCAGAAAUGAAUGAAACAUUCACAGUGACUCUGUCCAACCCUACUGGAGGUGCUCGACUGGGAGACUCACUACAGACUUUCAUCACCGUACUGCAGAAUCAGGCUCCUCUAGGACUCUUCAGAAUAUCACCAUCAUUUAACAGGACUCUAGACACCCUGACAGUGGAGGAGCAUGGCGGUACGGUGUACCUGACUAUAUCUCGCAGUAAUGGGUUGGAGUCAGCCGUCAGUGUGGAAUGGGAGACCCGGUCAGGAACAGCAUUUGGCAUGAGAGGAGAACAGCCAGUGUUGGCUAUGUAUCAGUCUGUCAGGGAUAGCUUGGCAUCAGUCUGGUGUGCAGUGCCCAUUGAAGACUCUGGUGUGGUCCUGAGGCUGCUCAGAGGUCCUGCUCAGAACCAGGCUGUGCUCUACAAAUGGCAGGGUGUCUUAGUACCUGUGGAGUUUGUCAGCAUCCAGAAUCCCAGCUCUUGUGUGGGUUUUACAGUAAAUGGCUCCAGCUAUGUGGCAGUUUCCCAUGCACACAGCACUGUGUCAUUAACUACCACAAUCAGUUUAUUUCGCCUUCAGGCAGACCUCAACCUCACUCAAGAGCAGACUCUUACUGUGAACAGUUUCAGCGUUAAACACUUCUCCACUGAGCUCCAGCAAUAUUUGAUUGCUUCUAGUGAGAUUUUUGUCUGGGAUGGAGGCUCAUUCUCCCUUCAUCAAAGUCUUGACUUGCAAGACAUUACCACAGCCAUACCCUUCAAACGAGGCAGCAGCAAUGCACAGCACCUGGCUGUGUGCAGGAACAGAACGUCAUCACCGUGUCUGAUAUACCAGUGGAGUAAUGGACGUUUCCAAAUCCCUCAAACCUUAGAAGUCAGUGCUCGAGUCAAGCAAGUGGAAUCAUUUCAGAUGGGAGGAGAUACGUUCCUCCUCGUCGUUACUGAAGGCCCAAGCUCAACAUGUGAAGUGUUUAUGUGGGGUUCUCAGCAAAACUUCUUCCAGCAGACACAGUCCAUCCCAUUUCCCGGCCUCUUUUCAGUCCACCCCUUUACCCCUCCUACCGGAAUAUCUCACCUGUUGCUUGCGGGUCUAAGUGGUUCAGCCCUGUACUCGUGGAGGUCAGAUCUGAGGCAGUUUGCUGAAGUACUGCAGUCUCCGUCUGCACAAGAAUUCCUGUACCUUCUUGUUCCUUCUCUCAAUUCUACCAAGAGUCUUAUCGUAGCCACUGGAGAAUCAAGCUCUGUUGUAUAUGAGCUGACCUCAGUGUCCAACCAAUCUGACUUCAUCCCCAAUUCAGGAGAGCUGUUUUUCCAGCCUGGUGUCCGUGAGCUAGAAAUAGCAGUGAAUGUAAUUGAUGAUGAUGUUCCUGAGGAGGAAGAACAUUUUCGUGUCAGCCUCAAGAACCCCAAAGGAGGGGCAGAAAUUGGCUUUCGUGGUCAAGUGACCUUGUUCAUUCCAGCUAAUGAUGAUGCUUAUGGGAUUAUAGGCUUUGCACAGAACUCUUUAAUGCGGGAGGUGGAUGAGUUGGAGGAUAAUAACCCUGUUUCUCUGAGCAUUGAGAGGAUGAGAGGCAGGUUUGGCAGACUAACAGUACACUGGAGUGCCUAUGGUAGUCUGGAUGACAUUUUUCCCACUUCAGGAGUGGUGACAUUUUCUGAGAACCAGGCUGUUGCUACCAUCUCACUGAAUGUAUUAGCUGAUGAUAUUCCAGAGUUAGCAGAAAAAGUCACCAUUGUCCUGACCAAGGUCAUAACGAUUGGGAUAAUGGAGCCAUCUAGAGGAGCCAUGAUCGACCCUCAGCGUACCCAAGCAAACCUCACUAUUAGAGCGAAUGGUUCACCCUACGGAGUCAUUGGCUGGCACCUCGAUUCCCAGUACUUCAUUACGCAAGAACCUCAAAAGAGCCCAAGCAACAUUACACUGAGUAUUGUGAGAGAUCAAGGAGCAUCAAGGGAUGUAUUAGUUUACUACACCACCAAAGCAGCCCUCCACCUGCCACCUGUUAAUCAGGCUAGUGAGGGAACGGACUAUGUAGCCAAAGAAGCCACAGUCAUCAUGAAAGAAAAUGCUACUGUUGUUUUGGUAUCUAUUACCAUCUUGCCUGAUGAUAUUUCUGAACUGGCUGAGACAUUCCUUGUAAACAUUACUAGAGUUGAGCUGUUGGGUGGAGACACAGGAGCAGCUCAGCCCAGUGUGAGGAGACCUGGUCUGGAGAUAGCUGAGGUCACCAUCCAAGAGAACGAUGAUCCAAGAGGAGUCCUUAGUUUUAAUGUCUCAAAGGAUGUUUCUGGGGCAGUGCUGGCAUUUGAGGUACCAUCACCUGGAAACAUCCUUCGCUUGGCUGUCAUGCGAAUGGCCGGUAGAUCUGGUAGACUGGUGCUUUACUGGGAGGCGCAAACGGUCACAGCCAACACUGAAGAUUUUAGUCCUUCUUCUGGAAACCUUACCUUUCAAGAUGGACAGGCAGUGGCUUAUAUUGAGAUCACCAUUAUUGAUGACACAGUUGUGGAGUCCACAGAGACGUUUAUGGUGAAACUGGUUAGAGUCAUUGGAGGUGCGAGGUUGGGGGACGAGACAGCUGUGGUAAUCAGCAUCCCGGCCAAUGAUUCACCUUUUGGUCGGUUCGGGUUUGAAGAGCUAGUGGUCUCUGUGUCUGAGCCUCGGUUCCUAAAUGACCUAGCUUCUAUAGCUACACUGACCGUAGUGCGUAGCUCAGGAGGUGAAGGAGUAGUGCAUUUGAUAUGGCUUCUGCAGGAAGAGGGCAGAGAUGACCUAAGCCCUCGUAAUGGAACUCUAAUUUUUAAUGGAACUGAGUCAAAGAAAACUCUGGUGGUUCAUGCUUUGGCCGAUGCUGUUCUGGAGGGAGAGGAAAGAUUCACUAUCCAGCUGCUCUCUCCAAAGAAUGAGCCUGUCAUUGAUCCAGUUAGAGGUAUUGCUACGGUUGUAAUUCAAGCUGAUAUGGGUGCACUGGGAACUGUAGGAAUAGCUGAUUCCAGCAGGAAUGUUUUGAUUGGCGAGCCAAGAAACGAUUACAAUGGAACAGCUCUGGUCAGUCUUGUAAGAGGUCCAGGCAUCUUUGGUGAAAUUGAGAUCUUCUGGAACAUCACCACAGCUGCAGAUCCAGAGUUUGAGGAGACCUCUGGCAAAGUUGUCAUGAAAGACCGCCAGUCUGCAGCUACAAUUAAGCUGACGGCACUAGAUGAUGAGAUCCCAGAAGAAAGACGUGUUUAUCAGCUAAGACUGAGCUCUCUAACCCCAGGCUCAGCAAUCAACCCUGACAGACAAGUUGCCACCAUCACUAUGGCUGCCAGUGACCUUCCCCAUGGGCUCUUCUCCUUCUCCCAAGCCUCUUUGCGUGCCACUGAGGAGGACAGAGCUGUAAACGUGACCAUUGUUCGCUCCAUGGGUCUGUUUGGCAGCGUGUGGGUCAGUUUCCACACAGAAGGCAGAACUGCGAUCAGUGGACAGGAUUUUGGACAGUCCUCUGGUCGGCUGCUCUUCAGGCCUGGGGAGAGCUCAAGGGUCAUUAUGCUGACUAUACUCGAUGAUGACCUUCCAGAAGGACCAGAGGAGUUUUUCCUCAACAUUACACUAGUAGAGCUUCUGAAUGCCAGUUCAAUGGAUUUUACAGUGAGAGAGUUCAGCCUACAAAUUGACCAGCCUCCAGCUAUUGGCAAUCUUUCCUCCCUCAUGGUGAUCAUCCAGAAAAAUGACAAUGCUGAGGGCAUUCUGGAGUUUGACCCCAAAUAUGUCAACAUCACUGUUGAGGAGGAUGUAGGAGUUCUGUCCAUCCCUGUACUGAGGCGUGUUGGAUCCUAUGGGCAGGUCACAGCAGAGUUUAUCUCCAAAGGUUUGACUGCUCAACCUGAUUCAGAUUACAUCCUGCUCAAUGGCUCCGUCACCUUUGAGCAUGGCCAAACCCUCAGCUAUAUCAAUGUUUCCAUAGUGGAUGACACAGAGAGUGAAUUUAAUGAGAUAUUUGAGAUGCAACUCACCGGUGCCACAGGAGGUGCCAUACUUGGAGCUCAGCUAAUUGCACGAAUUACAAUUGCCAAGAGUGACUCGCCAAAUGGUGUUGUACGAUUCAUCAACCAAAGCGCCAUCACCGUUCCAAACCCCAACAGUACCCUCAGACUGACCCUGUUUGUAGAGAGAGCAGACGGGCUGCUGGGAGACGCCACGGUAAUAUGGCAGAUUCUAGGUCCAAACUCAAAUGAGGUUUUACCAUCAGUAAACACAGACAUUGGUGAACCAGUGAACGGGACGUUUAGUUUCAGAGACGGGGAAGGGGGUGUACGCAGCAUUGAGUUGAAGAUCCUGCCUCAUGGUGAGGUGGAAGUCAUGGAGAAAUUCAUUGUCAUGCUCAGUAUCCUCUCCGGAGAGAUGGGUGUUGAUGCCAGAGCCGGAUCUGUCACACUCACGAUUGAGAAGUUUGGAGACCCCAAUGGCAUAGUGCAGUUCACAGAACAGGACCUGAAAGAGCGCAUUUACAGUGAACCUUCUGACAGCGAAGGACCCCUCAAAAUAUCCCUCCUUAUUACACGCAGAGAGGGCGUCAUGGGCAACAUCACGGUUUUCUGGGAAAUCAUCAGUGAUGCAGACACGUCAGGAGACUUUGCUGCCCUGCAGGGUUCUGUCACCAUCCUGGCAGGACAGCGUGUGGCAGAGAUAGUCCUCACCCUGCUCCCCGACUCUGUGCCUGAGUUGGAGGAGACAUACAUCCUCCGUCUAAUCUCUGUGGAGGGCGGCGCAGAGCUGGAUACAAACCGCAGCAGUACCCGUUUGAAGGUCCGGGCCAAUGACGAACCCCACGGGGUGUUUGUCCUUUAUUCUCAAAACCAAUCAGUGGUUGUUAACGUGGCGGACCGAAGUAGACACCUCAUUAUCAGUGUGAACAGGCUGGCAGGGGUGUUUGGCAAUGCCAGUGUGGGGUACAGAAUCGGUUUUACCACCCCUGGGCAGAGUUUUACAGAGGACACAAUCACUGGGAACAUACUGGUGAAGGAUGGAGAACGUGAGGCCAGCAUUAGCGUGCCAUUUAGUAGCCAGGUGUUCUUUGCGACGGGCUUUAACUUCAGCGUUGAGUUGACAGAUGUGACUCUGAUUGGCCCCCUGCUUAGUUCCCCUCCCAGAAUUCAGUUGGAAGCAAAGCUGGCCGUCGUUUCUGUUCCUGAAGUGGCAGCUAAUGCCGAGGUUGGAUUUGCCUCUUUGGCCCUGCGUGUCUCAGAUAUAGAGAGUGGCCAGUGUGAGGUGCUGGUGACACGGACAGGCCUAUAUGGAAACGUAACUGUGCGAUGGAGCGCUGGGUUUCCUCCUGGCCAAACUCCACCAGGCUACCAGCCAGGCGACAUCUCGCCAAGAUCAGGUAUGAUAAUGCUUGCCUACGGUCAGAGGAGUGAGGUGAUCUCUCUCAGUGCUGUUAAUAACAUGUCAGUUGUCACAGCACAUGCUGUUUACCUGACCUCAGUAGAGUCAGAGUCACCUGGUGGAGCCCGUUUCAGGACUGGUUACACAGUAGCUGAGGUGGAGCCAUUAGGAUUAUAUCAGUUUCGUCCUGAUUCUCGGCAGCUGGUCAUUGAGGAGGAUGUGCAGACAAUCACCCUCUACGUCCAGCGCCUUUAUGGCUUCCGCAGCAACCGUUCCAGCAUCUCAUACAAGACGUGGCCUGGCACUGCUCAACCUGACAAGGACUUUGCAUCGGUAGCAGAUGGGCAGCUUCUGUUUGAUUCCCGCCAAACAUCUGCUGCCAUUCGCUUGUUUAUUCUUGACGAUUCCCUAACUGAACCAGAUGAGGAUUUUUAUGUGAACUUAACCAGCGUGCGUGUUCUCAGUGCCAGUUUGCCUUCAAUCGAAGCUCAGCCUCGCAUUGUGUCUCAAAAUAGCGUUGCUAAAAUUACCAUCCGUGCUAAAGAUGUGGUUAGUGGAUUUUUAAGUAUAGGGCCAGCAAUAAUACAGAUUUCUGAAGACAGUCAGGAGGGUGCGCCCCAACAGAAGCUUGCCUUAAGAGUACGCAGGUCGGCAGGGCUCACAGGAGUGGUGAGUGCCAAAAUCAGAGCCUAUGCAGGACUUCGAAGCCCAGAGGUGGAUGCAGUCCAGUUUCAUCAGGAGCAUAACGGCACAUGGGCCCUGGAAGGGGAAGACUUUGCCUUGGAGACCCAAACUGUCACGCUGUUGGAGGGACAGAAUGAGGUGGAGGUCAGUGUCCUCAUACUGAAUGAUCAGGAGCCGGAGGGGCAAGAGGCGUUCUUUAUCUACCUCAGCGAAGCAGAAGGUGGAGCACAGAUUGUCAGCGUGCCAGAUGAACUGGGGUUCACUUCAUUUGCCAAAAUCAUUAUUCUGGGGAGUGAUCUUCAGAAUGGUAUAGUUGGCUUCAGUUUGAGCUCUCAGUCCGGUCAGAUCCUGGAUGAGGACUCAGAGAACAGGACAGCGACACUCUUUCUGGAAAGACAGGAAAACAGAGCAUUUGAAGAUGUGCUGGUGUUUUGGCGGGUCACGUUUAGCGCUACAGUUCACUCAGUGGUCAGUCAUGGGGUGAAUCUGACCAGAGAGCUGCAACAGACCUCAGGCUCAUCUAUUUGCAGAAAAGGAGAAGUACUCUGUGCCCUCAGGUUGGAGGUCCGGCCAGACAAGGAGCCAGAGUAUGAGGUGUGGUUCCUGGUGGAGGUCUAUAAUGUGGGCGAGGGUGCCACCAUAAACCAGACUGCCCGUUUUGCCAAUGUCACCAUGGUGGAGAGUGAUGACCCACGGGGGCUGGUGUAUUUCGCCCAGGGCUCCAGACUACCCGUGGUCACCCUCAAAGCCACAAGCGUCAGUCUUCAGGUCUACAGGGAUGCCAGUGCAGCAUCAACUAUCUCUGUGAAGUACCGCAUGCAGGAGCUUCAGAAAGCAGAGUCUAUUGGACCCACUCUGAUCUGGCCUGCCGUUGCAGGGCAGGACUUUUUCCUGACAGAGGGCACCCUGACUUUUGAUAUUGGACAGAGAAGUGCCGGGCUGGACGUGGCCCUCACGCCGAACAUUGGUUCUUCCAACCCAACACCCAAACGUUUCCGGGUGGCUCUCUCUGAUGCCUCUGGUGGUGCACGGGUUCACCCAGAAUUCGGGCUGGCUAACAUCACCCUGGUUUCAGACUCGGAGGCUCAGGCAAUAUGGGCCCUGCUGGACCAGUUACAUCAGCCUCUGGAUGAGACCAUCAUCAAUCGGGUCCUUCAAGGGCUUAUUAAUAAAGUUAGUAAGGACAUCACUCCAGAGCAGCUAACUGCAGUGUUAGAUGCACUAAGCAAGAUUCUGAAAGACGCUGAGCAGACUCCACUAAAAGACAGCAGCCGUGGCCUAACCUAUGACCUCUUGUGUGCCAUGGCGAACCCCAGCAGAGUGGACACUCGAGGCCUGAGCCAGCUGGCUGAGGUGGCAGAACGUUUUGCCUUUAGCCUGCUCACAGACAUCGAGUGUGGGGCAGAAGGAAAGAGAGGCACAACCAUACUGGAUACCUGCCCGUAUUUCACCAUAGCUGCUCACCACUGGUACCCCACUCAGAUCAACGGCCACACAUUUACAGGCAAAAACUCAGACACAUUCACCCUGCCUGAGAACCUGCUGGAGGUACCAGCCCUUCCAGCAGGCAGCAUGGCCCUGUCUGCUUGCCGUAAAGUGCACUUCACAGAGUACAGUACUGAGCACUGGUUCCUCACCAACACAAAACCCAGUGCAUUAAAUGACAAGGUUUUCUCAGUCAGUCUUCACGGCAGAGGUUCUAAGCCUCUUGCUGACAGUCAAGAGGUUGUUUACCGCAUACACACUCCUGACCGACGUGGAAAACCUCUCCAAUCUCUGUGCCUCCUGUGGAAUCAGGCUGCCGAGAGCUGGCUAUCUGAUGGUCAGUUCUGUCAUGUGGUGGACGACAGUCAGAAUUUUGUGGAGUGCGCCUGUACGCAUCUGUCCGUCUACACAGCAUAUGCAGAGACUACAAGUUUGGCUUCAUUCAAUGAGGCCUUCUAUGCUGCUGGCUUCAUUUGUAUCUCAGGGUUUGCCUUGGCCGUUGUGACUCAUGUGCUGUGCUCUAGAUUCCUAAUGUUCGCUGCCAAACUCCUCACACACAUGAUGGUGGCCUGCUUAGGGACUCAGAUUUGUUUCCUGGUGUCUGCAUUCCGUGGACGCAUGUUCUCAGAGGACAGUUGUGCUGCUCUUGGCCUCUUCUUCCAUUACUUUCACCUCAGCCAGUUCAGCUGGAUGCUCAUACAGGCCAUAAACUUCUGGCAGAUAUUAGUGAUGAAUGAUGAGCACACAGAGAGACGCUAUCUUCUCUACUUCCUGCUCAGCUGGGGACUUCCUGCUCUGGUCAUAAUCAUUCUUGUUGUAGUCCUGCUGGGAGGCUUUGGAUGGAGCAUUCAUAGUGUGUAUGGCCUGGUGCAAGGAGAUCUAUGCUUCAUUCCCAACGUAUAUGCUGCACUUUGUACGGCCGCCCUGGUUCCUCUCAUUUGUUUGGUAGGGGUGCUGGUGAUCUUCAUCCAUGCGUAUCAAGUCACUCAGCAAUGGAAGUCUUAUGAUGAUGUCUACCGAGGCCGAACAAACAGCUCAGAGGUGCCCAUGAUGCUGUAUCUGUUUGCUCUGGUGACUCUGGUCUGUCUUUGGGCUGGAUUGCACAUGGCCUACAGAUAUCUGUGGAUGCUGAUACUCCUUGUUAUCUUCACCAUCUUUCUGGGUCUGUACGUGUUUUCCGUCUACUUCAUCAUGCAUAAUCAGCUCUUCUGGCCAGCUAAGGCAACCUACACCGUGGAAAUGAACGGACACAGUAGCCCAGACUCCAUAUACCAGAGCACUGGUGCUGCUACCGUGGGUGGAGGAGAAAUCAGCAAGUCCACACAGAACCUCAUCAGUGCCAUGGAAGAGAUCUCUGCAGAUUGGGAGAGAGCUUCACUGAGGCCCAGCAGUCAGCCUAGCAGUGUUUUCAAACAGAGUCGUCAGGACGAGACCUACAUCACAGAAGGAGGGUUCAUCAACACUAAUCUGGUGCAGGAUGAGGAGUCACAGGAGUUUGAUGACCUCAUAUUUGCCUUAAAAACUGGUUCUGGCCUUAAUGUGAGUGACAGCGAGUCAGUCCACGGCAGUCAUGAUGGAGGUAGUGUGGCUAACUCUCAAAUCGUAGAGCUGCGGCGGAUUCCUAUCGCAGACACACAUCUCUAA